GACGUGCGCAGCCCUGAGGAGGACUACUGGCCCCUUACAUGGGAGACGGACUGUGUGCCCUGGACCCAAGUCUUUUGGAAGGCCUCCAGGCAUGUCCUCCCCUUCCCCUGCCGGCGUUGAUAGUCCCAUUCUCCAAAUCUGGCCAGUACCCCUUCUACCCUGGUGCAUCCUCCAGCAACUACCUCUCCCCAGUUCUUUUGAUCUUUUUUCCUUUGGAGCCAGUGGAGAUGGAAGGAAUGUACUUGCUGACUAGAUGGGCAAAGGAGACUAGAGACUGUUCAGUUUGGCACAUAAAAGCAGAGAUAUUAAGGACGCUGGAAUUCGCCCCAGGCUGGCUCUUACCACCCCCAGCCCCCAUCUCUCCAGUUCUGCCCACUUUGAUCAUCCAGUCCUGCCCUUCCUUCCUUCCCAGCCACCCUCUGCUUCCUCCCGCCAUCCACCAUUCCAUCUGAAGUCCAAACUCUUCCCCAGUGAGGGUUCCUUCGCUCUCCUCUUAACCCUGAGAUGUGCGGCCUGACCUCCGUUCCGCCUGCUCCUGGGACAGGCACCCUCCCUGCCUCUAAGGAACCCCAGGAUUCCGCCUGUCCAUCCUAACUCCCCCUUUUCAAGCGUCUCCGCCCCCUGCCCCGCCCCCAGCUCUUCCAGGAGGGUGAGCUGCUGCUGUCGCCGCCGCCACCACCUCAGCUUCCCACAGCCGCCGCCACCGCCGCUGCCGCUGCCGCCGCUGCCACUCUGCCUAGUCCGGCCGCCAGGCCCUGUGCUGACUUCGGGACCCAGAGACACGCCUCACACCGUGGGGGUCCGGGACGCCUAGCCGGGUGCCUGGGGAAGCUCGGCUUGCAGGGGACAGGGAGGGAGGAGCCUGGAACCAGAGCCAACGCCACCCUUCGCCCGGAUCAACAGGACGGGACAGGUUGAGGGGCGUCAGGGAAAGGAAAGGGGGUGCUAUAGGCAGUCGCCGGAGGCUAGGAUGCCCUGUCUCAGGAAGCUCUGAUGCGCUGACUUGUUUGGGGCCUGUUCACAUCAGGGGACUGGUGACAACGUGGGUGCACUCCUCUUUUGGGGGGCUGGUUAGAUUGAAGGGUGUGGGAUCUAUACAGCACUAGCUGUCCCUGAAGAAAUUAGGGGGCAACCAGGAAGAGAAAAACAAUAUAAAAAAGACCCAAACCAAAAACGAAUGCUUUUUAUUUUUAUUUCCUCCAACCACCUGGCGUAUCCACUAGAAAGGGUGGAUUUGGAGGUGACUUAAGAAGAGUGGGGGGUGACCAGUGAGGAAAGGGCCUCAGCAGCUGGAACACUAUGCUACUGUAAAUGAGAGUGAGGGUGAAAAAGGCGUCCAGCUAGAUCUGGGAACCUCUUCUCAUUGAACCUGGACAGCUCUGGUACUGAUACAUGUUUUAGGGGGAUUUCAGUGAAAAGUGGGUGAUCCUCUUCAUUUAGAAGAUAGUAAAGGAAAAACCACCAAGGUUGGGUUCCUCUUUGACAUUGAACAGUAGCCCAGGAGUGGGGUGAACUAAUAUUCCCCAAACAGAGGACCCGCUUUUAAAUUACAAAGGUGGAUUUGGUAAGAGUGUGGGCCCCAAAAUAGGGUGGAAAGAUGUCUGUCCGGGAAUGUUAGAACCACAUCCUAGAGAUUUUGGAGAUCCUGGCUCUGGGAUUAAAAAAGGUAGGGACAGAGACGAGAGAGGAGGGAAGGGGUGGUUUAGUAGGGGACAAAACUCGAGGGUGAGGUCAGCUGAGGAGUACAGGGCUGCUGGAUUCGGUGGAGCUAGUCCAGGGCCCAGAGGUGAGAGCUGGCAGCUUUUGGGGGUACCUGGGGGAGUCUGAGACUUAUCCUCAGGUCCUGUGGGUGGGGCAGUGAGUUAGGGCCCGAACGUCAAGAGCAUGCCUUGGUGAGAGGGCUCCUCUGGAGAAGCCCAGCGCGCCCCAGGCGCCUGCUGGUUUGGGGGUGUCUCCUCCCAGGGCGCCAUGGCGGCGCUGGCCAGUAGCCUUAUCCGGCAGAAGCGGGAGGUCCGCGAGCCCGGGGGCAGCCGACCGGUGUCGGCACAGCGGCGCGUAUGUCCUCGCGGCACCAAGUCCCUUUGCCAGAAGCAGCUCCUCAUUCUGCUCUCCAAGGUGCGACUGUGCGGGGGGCGGCCCGCGCGGCCGGACCGCGGCCUGGAGCCUCAGCUAAAAGGCAUCGUCACCAAACUGUUCUGCCGCCAGGGCUUCUACCUCCAGGCGAAUCCCGACGGAAGCAUCCAGGGCACCCCAGAGGACACAAGCUCCUUCACCCACUUCAACCUGAUCCCUGUGGGGCUCCGUGUGGUCACCAUCCAGAGUGCCAAGCUGGGUCACUACAUGGCAAUGAAUGCUGAGGGGCUGCUCUACUGCUCGCCACAUUUCACAGCCGAAUGUCGCUUUAAGGAGUGUGUUUUUGAGAAUUACUACGUCCUGUAUGCCUCUGCUCUCUACCGCCAGCGUCGUUCUGGCCGGGCCUGGUACCUAGGCCUGGACAAGGAGGGCCAGGUCAUGAAGGGAAACCGAGUCAAGAAGACCAAGGCAGCUGCCCACUUUGUGCCCAAGCUCCUGGAGGUGGCCAUGUACCGGGAACCUUCUCUGCACAGUGUCCCUGAGACCUCUCCUUCCAGUCCGCCUGCUCCCUGACAUAUAGUCCUGGACUCCUAGUGAGCCAGCCACCACCUCGGCCCUUUUUCUAGCCCUGCGCGUGGCCCUGCUCUCACCCUUGCUGCCACACAUGCCUUGAGCAGCUGGGUCACCAGGUGCUCUACCUUGAGGGAGCCUAGGGGCUGGCUGGGACUUCCAGGGCUUCUGGGACUUUUAGACCCUUGGAUCAGAGAGGGGAUCAGAAAGGGUGAUACCUGAAGGUGGUUCUGGCUGAUCACUUCUUUUUUUCCACACACCCCUCCCCAAAGCCUGUCCUGAGAUGGAACUUGGGGUUCCAUAACUGACAGAGGUAGGACAAACACUCUAACCUCCCACCCAGCCACUUUCUGGAGCCCUGUGCCUCUUCUCAUUGUCACUGAGCCAUAGAUUUAUAGGUCCACUGGAGCUCAGGAUCAGUUUUCUUCUUUCCCUGGGCUUCCUUCUGCCUUGGUCUGGUCAGGUUCUGAAACACCAAAAACCCACUGGGGCCACUUCUUUACUAGGGAUCUCUGCUGGACUGAAGGCAUGCUGCCAGGCUGUGUUUUAGAUUCAGUAAGCUUCUGUCCAUGACCCAGGUGGAUCCCUGGCUCCUAAGCAGAGAGAAGCCGGAUAACAGCCCUGUGUGGUGGUCAGCCUGGUCCUGAACCGAGACAAGUCUGACUACCACCAAUUUAACAUUCUUAUCCCAGAGACCCCCAACUCCAAAGCACGGUGUUCUAUAUUGUUAUGGAGCCAUGCUUCCUCCUGAAUCUCAGCCCUAGGACAUAGACCAUGAUCCUCAGCCCUGCUCUGUAGGAUGGAUCUGGGGCCUAUAUAGCCAUAUUAUUGCUCUAGAGUAAGUUCUAGACCCACACUCUCAUUUUCUCUAGUGAUACUUAUGAAGAAUGAGCUCUGGAAAGGAUCUAGUUCUGAUUCACAAAGAACCAAUUAGUUCUAGUUGAAUCAAGAAUUAACUUUCAGUUUUCCUAGGUAGUUUUCUAAAAAUCUUAUUCUUCUGUAGAGAAUGCUAGCCUUAUUUUUAAAUGCAAUUUCUAACUGCUGCAACCUACCUGUGGUCCUGCCGGAAAAAAUCUGGAGGACAGAAAAAUUGUAGCAGGAUCUCUGGCUCAUGGUAGGGAAGCUGGGGUGGGGGAAAGCAUGGCGUGAUGGAACCUGUGUCUGGGUUGGGGGGACAUGACCACUUAGCUACCUCAGCAGGAAUUCCUUCCAGGUCCCCUUUAAAGCUGAGGUCUUUAUGACAAGUGUGACCAGAACAAAAGGGUGAAUAGGACACAUCCCUGAGACUCUCCCCAAAUGAGAAUACCCUAAUUCAGCAAUAAGUCCCACCCCUCACCCUACAGGCCAGGCAGGAGGGUGAGAGCCUCUUGAGCUCAAAACCUCAUACAUCCCCAGAGCUUCUAACUCAACAGAACUUGCUUUACCUUACAGUUUAUAACCUCAGUUGUGUUUUCAGUACCACAAAAGGGCCAGACUAGAUUCUUCUGAAAAAUACAGUAAGACCUCCUAGCAGGCCUGAAAACCACUAGUGAAGCAGAAAGCAGACGAGUCCCCCAGCCCUGGGUGGGGUAGACUGAGGAGGCCCUAAGGGAGAGGCUAGUGCCCAGAGGCAGGUCAUUUUUCCUUAGGCUCUUUUACUUCUGGCUUGUUGCAAAGGGGUAGCUGCGCGCCUCACCUACACAAACCCGCUCAGGCUUCACCUAGUUCCUGGCUCUGCUCCCAGAUGACCGGUUCUCCACUUCAUGCUUUCUCAAUUAAAGACGAUUUGUACAACUGAA